UCAUUUCUCAAUAUGGAAUCACUGGCUCUGUGUAUGUGUCUUUUGUUGCUAGGUUUGGUUUCGGCCGUUACGAUGUCCCCGUCACAUGGUCAGGACACUUGCAAUGACCGUCAAAUCAUCCAUAAGUUUACGGUGGUUGAUUACGAUUGGUCCAGCGCGGUGGCACGCGAAGAGGCGAUUGAAAGUGAAGCAUACAUUCCUAACAAUAACAUUAUCGUUGGAAUGAAGGUCUAUGAUGAUGUUGUUUACGUCACCGUCCCAAGAUGGCGACUUGGUGUUCCGUCUACCCUCAAUAAGGUCGUGGUUAGAAAUGGGACAUCGGUUUUACAGGCGUUUCCCAGCAUGGAAAUGCAGGAGAUAGGUAACUGUCAUGCCCUGCAGCAUGUGGAAAGUAUGGAAAUAGAUCCUAACACGGGUUGGAUGUGGAUCAUCGAUACCGGAAGGAUCAACUUCCUUUCAACCGACUGCACAGCCACCGAAAACCUUUGUCCAGCUAAAAUCGUCGUGUAUGAUAUCAACAAAAUGGAGGAAGUGACCCGUCAUGAGUUUCCGAAUGAGGUUGUUAAUCGUCAGACAAAUUUCUUAAAUGACAUUGUUAUUCAAUAUUUCAACAACGAGCCUCGAUUUGCCUACAUAUCCGAUACUCUCGACUUCAAAUUAGUGGUUUAUGACCGGAUACAGAAUCAAUCACAUUCUUAUCAUCAUUCAUCAAUGUUGCCAGAACCCGGAAAAGGAAACGUCACCAUCUUGGGAGAAAACUUUGCGGUCGCUGCUGGUAUAAAUGGUAUCGCAAUGUCACAUGACAUGCAGUAUCUGUAUUACGCCCCCUUCUCCGGUUAUGCAGUGUAUCAGAUUCCUACUAACGUCACUUCCGUCCCGGGUGCAGAUAUUGCGGGAUCCAUUCGAAAGGUUGGAUAUAGACCGUCUCAGACAGCCGGUAUGACGUACAGUAAGAGCAAUUUCCUCUACUUUGCCUCCCUCGCUGAAAAUGCUAUCUAUAGAUGGAACAUUGAGUAUGAUCAAACUCUUCAGGGUUUAGAUAAUUUCGGGGAAGUAGAAAUGAGAACACUGACAAAUAUCAUGUCUGACGACAAAUGUAUGAACUUUGUUGAUAUUUUCAACUUUGAUGAAGAUGGAUUUCUCUGGUUUUCUGUCAACAAGCUUCACAAGUUUCAUUUAGAUUCGAUGGAUUUCACUGGCAGUAGUGGUCCCAACGUUCUUAUAUGGAAAGUCCAUAUGGGAGACACUGGCUAUUUGGAUAGGAGGGAGGAAACAGCAACAUCCCCUGUUACCAUGGAAACAACAUCUCAUACCAUCGAUACGCCGAUAGGUGGCGCUGGAGUUGGAACUAUACCGGAAAUCACGUUGUAUCUAUUCAAUAUUUUGUUUCUGUGUGUACUCUCGGUGUCAAAUUAACGUAUGGGCGGACACGUACAGAGACUGUAUUAUUUAUAUAUCGCGGGUGUGUCGGUGAAAAUCUGAUACAUUUGAAAUGAAUCAUCAAAAUUCUCAGGAGAGAUAGAUUAGGAAUUUUGUGAUUUGAACAUCGGCAUGUAUUAUCGGACAAAUUAUAUAAAACUCAUACCCAUAUAAUUGUUCAUUUCUUUAAUUUCAUGUUGCUUUUUCAUUUCAUGUACAAUUAGAGAAAGCGGUUAAUUGAUGUCUGAGGGUGAUUAAAUUAUCUUACCACAUG